GAAAUUGAUUGUUGACAUUGCAUGUGCAUAGACAAGUUGGAAAUGGCGGUCAGCUCCUGAUGUUGGCGCUCAGCCGGCUCUUUUCCUAUUGAGGAGAAAGGUGUAGGUUGACAUUCUAGACAAGGGGUCUUGGCCACGAUGGACUCGUUCCGUAGCUUCUGGGGCAGCCCGGGUCGUGCGCCUCCUCCAGGAGAAGUGGGAAGCCCUCCUACUGCAAGGCUGAGAGAGGCGUCCGAUGACGAGCUGAGUGAUGCGGAUGAGAGCAGAAGCAGGUCCGUGGGCCCCAUUUCAAUAAGGGCGCCUCCAACAGAAGGCGGAGUCGGUUUGACCGUUGGCUCUCCAAGCAGCACAAUUGGCUCAGACAGGAGCUUUGAGGAUGCCUUAGAGCGCGAGGCGAACAGCUCCCAGGUCAGCUAUGGAAGCGCAGGCCCAUUGACACCAGUAGGCUCGUACACUGCGCCGUCGCUUGGCGCGUCGGAGACGGGGUUCUCCAGCAGCCAGUAUGGGUUCCUGGUUGAGGGGGCCAUGCACAGGCUCAAUCAGCUUGCAGACAAGGCCGAGGGGGACACAAGCCUCUUGCAGGACUGUGAUGAGGAUGAGUUCCAGCAACGCAUUGCAAAAAUUGCUGAGGAGAACGGAGUCACUGUAGAUUCGCCCAGCAUCAGCAGUCUUGUGGAGACCCUGUUGCCUGUCGUUCAGGAGAUCAGCAGGCAAACCACUCCCGCCACAACUCCUGGGCAUGCCGCACCAGCAGCCCCGUCUGCAGAGGGUGCAACAAGUGCUGCUCCGGAGCCGAACCUGGAUUCCCCUCUGUUCCGUCUGAGCGUGCGCAAUGCUGAGCAAGAGAAGGACUCGGCGAAUGUUGCGAUGGCUCCAAGUGCGGCGGGAUUGCGGGUCGUUACCGAGGAUUUGAAACCUGUGGUUUUGUCAGCAUCCUCUGUCAAGGAGGUGACUAUUCCGGGAGCUGAGGUGACCAUCCCCCCACGGGCAGUGGUCAGCGAAGUGGAGGUGCCGCCUGAAGAAGAGGUUGCGGAGGUGCAGCCUGAGGAAGAGGUUGCGGAGGUACAGCCUGAAGAAGAGGUUGCGGAGGUGCAGCCUGAAGAAGAGGUUGCGGAGUUGCAGCCUGAAGAAGAGGUUGCGGAGUUGCAGCCUGAAGAAGAGGUUGCGGAGGUGCAUCCUGAAGAAGAGGUUGCAGAGGUGCAGCCUGAAGAAGAGGACUCCGGUGACUAUGUUGAGGUUGAAAACGAGGAGCUGCAGGCCGAUGCACAGGCGGGUAAUGAAAGCAAGGCGCCACAGGCCCAGGAGAAGCAAGAAGAUGUCGAUGAGGCUGAGGUGAAGAGCUCUGCGGAAGGGCACUCUUUUACUGCAAAGGAGACUCAGGAGAGCGUGCCUGAAGAAGAGGACAUCAAGGUGGCGGUGGUCGAGGCUCCUGCUCCGGCCGCCCUGGAAGAGGAGUCGGCGCAGGUCCAGGCGCCGAUUGCUAGGGUAGAGGAAGAGGAGGUCGAGAAGAGGAUUCUGCAGGAGCAGCAGCAGCAAGCGUCAGAGGCUUCGGCCCAGCCACCGAGGGCGCCGGUUUCUGCACAGGAAGAGGGGCCAGAGGAGGAGGAGUUCCACGAGGGAGAAGAGGGGGAAGAGGGGGAAUAUGAGGAGUACGAGGAAGAUGGCGAAGAGUAUGAAGAAGCCGCGGAAGACGAAGACAUCGACGGCGCCUUUGAGGAGCUGGCCGCCUCAGGCCAGCUCUCCCCCGAGAUCCUGCGCGCAAUUCAGCAGGCGCAGCAGCAGGCCGCCGCUGCGGCCCAGGCUUCCCAGUCCAAUCAGAGCCAGGCGCCGGCAGGGUUAGGUUCCAGGGCCGCCGGUUUGGGGUCUGGCGCAGGGUUAGGGCCGCGAGCAGGCAUGGGAGGGGGUGGAUCAGGCUCAGGACCGGCAGGGUUAGGGUCUAAUGCGGCGGGGUUAAGGUCUGGGUCGGGGUCUGGUGCCGGGGCUGGGUCUGGGUCAGGCUCUGGUGCCGCAGGGUUAGGGUCCGGAGCUGGGUUAGGGCCGGCACUGCCACCGCGGCCGGCUGCGGGGGCGGCGCGCCCUGCGCAGCCAAGAGGAGCGGAGGCGGUUCCGGCGCCGGAAGAAGAGGAGGACUUGAGUGAGGAGCAAAAGGACAUCAAGGCAAAAGCGCGGGCCCUAAGGCUGAAGCUGCUCAGGCUGGCGCUCAGAGUGGGGCACACGCACCGCACUGGGAUUGUUGCACAGGUCUUGUACCGGAUCGAGCUGGCCGAGCAGCGGCAGCUAGGACGUGGAAUGCUCAACCGUACCGGCAUGAACUUUGACAGGAUUGCUACGGUGGCGCAAGAGCAGGAAGCAAAGGAGGGCUCCGAUACCCCCCUGGACCUGCACAUCAAGCUGCUCUUCCUUGGGAAGACGGGCGUCGGAAAGAGCGCCACGAUCAACAACAUCUUCCAGCAGCCGCUCCAGUCGGCCAACGCCUUCGAGUCCGAGACCAAGGACAUCCGGAUCCUGGACGUCAACAUGCUUGGCGUCAAGGUUACGAUCAUAGACACGCCGGGGCUCGGCUUAGGAGACGGUGCGGAGGAGGCCAACGAGAAGAAGAUGGACAAGAUCGAGCGCAUCUGCGAGAAGAUGAAGCCCGACGUGGUGUUCUACGUGGACCGCCUCGACAACCAGGGCCGCGAGUUCCAGGACAUUAGCGUCAUCAACUCAAUCACCAAGGCGCUCGGCGAGGAGAUCUGGUUCAACGCAAUCGUGGUGUUCACGCAUGCGGCUGUCGCGCCGCCCGACGGCAGCAACGGGCAGCCCAUCACCUACGACACGUACACCUCGCAGCGCGCGCACGGCGUCCAGUCUAGCAUCCGCACCGCCGUCGACGACGAGCGCCUCAUGAACCCCGUGUGCCUGGUUGAGAACCACCCCAACUGCCGGACCAACCGGGCCGGCGACAAAAUCCUGCCAAACGGAGUGGUGUGGCGGCCCCAGCUGUUGCUCUUGGCGUUUGCGUCCAAGAUCCUGAACCAGGCCAACGAGGUUAUGAAGCUUCAAGACGAGGCUCGGCAGGCGCAGCAGGAGGACGAGAAGUAUGGCAACAUGAUGCCGCUGCUGACGGGGCUUAUGGCGGAGGCGCGGGAGCUCAAGACGCCCAAGGUGUGGGUGUCGCAGGCGGAAAAGGAGGCCCAGGCGCAGCACGAGGCGCUGCGCAAGCGCAUCAUCGACCUGGAGAGGGAGGUGUACCAGCUCGAAACGUCGCUCGCCAAGGAGAAAGAGAACGAUGACGUCCUCGACUUCGAGAACAAGCUCGCGCCCGUUAUGGCCCAGCGUGCCCAAAAGGAGAGCUACCUCAUCAGCCUCAAGACCACCCUCGACCUAGAGAAAACGCGCCUCGACAAGAACCCCUUCGGAGAGGCGGCCAUGAAGCGGAUCCGGGCGGAAGCGGAAGAGGAACGGCGGAUAAUGGCGGAACGGAGGCGCAAGGUCAAGUACGCGUCUCGAGGGGGCGGCGGCCGGCGGAGUCAGCGGAAGCUGGGGGGCGGAAUGGGGCGCGGGAACGUGUUCUGGGACGAGGACGAGGGCAUUGUGCAAGACGCGUUCGAGCCCGAGGCCGACACCAACUUCGGCAUCUGGGGGGAGGACCAGAGUGCGCCAUAUGACCGGGCGGGUCUCGAACCGGGCCCCCUGGAGUGGGGCUUCCAGGAAAUACCGCCCCUUUUGGAUGACCGCCUGUUGGUCGAGCUGGGGGGAAAGAUCCAAAAGGAGCCCAAGCUGCUGCACGCCAACGCGGAGAUCAAGUACACAUACCACGUGUCCCCUGUUGUGAACUUCCGAGGUGACGUCGACAUCGAUUGGCUCAACCAGGAGGGCGCCACUUUCACCUUCACCGCUGACACGUCCAAGACCGACAUGGAUAAGCCUCCGGUUGCGGGCGUUGCCGUGUUCAUGGCUAAGAAAAAGGGCGCGGCGGGUCUGAAGCUCGCCAAGAUCUUCACGCUGCGGAAGCUGCGCAACAAGGACGCGCCGUCGGCCCAGCGGGAGCUGCGGCUGAGCACCGUGGCGGGCAUCGUGCGCAGCUUCGAGGGCGAGGUCGCCCGCGGCCUCAACGUCGGGAUGUCGACCAUCGACGUGCGCACCUUUGAGAAAGGGAGGCACAAGAUCUCGUUCAACGCGUCCGACUUCCGUGGCGACUUCGGCUUCGGCGUCGCGGCUGAGAGCGAGGGGUACAACGUCGCUGGCAUCAUGUUGGGCGUUAACGCAACCAUGGAUAGCAGCGGCCAAGGAAAGAUUGCGCUGGCGUUCCACAGCGAGAAGAAAAUCUGGCCUGCCGCGAUCAUGCUUAUCACGGGACUGAAGGUGCUGUUGCAGCGGUGGGCUCAACCGGGGCCGAUGGAGAUGGGCGAAUUUUAGGGGGUCGGAUUUGGAGCGACGGGUAUCAUUCGGGAGAAUUAUCUCGUGCUGUAGUGGUCUUUGCGGAUGGGAGGAGGGCGUAGAAAGAGGCUACGAGGACGGAUAAGUGACCGCAUAUUCUGGGUUAGGAUCGGCUGUUUCAUGGGAGUUGCGAUCAUUGGAGAAGGUGACUUCGGGUAACGUUCCUAAAGCGGCGAACAAGUAGGGCUCCUGAACUCACCAUGGCAUAGUUGAGGACAGAUCGUCGACGCCCAUUUUGUGGUCGGCUGAUUUUGCAUUUGUGAUGUGAGUCGUCGGUCGAAGCUUAUGAUCCCAGGUCAACAGACACGUACACUCAUUCGUUAUGAACAUAAUGCACUUCUUCGUUGACACCAUGUUCGUUGGAAAUGAGCGCGGGCGGCCGCAGGAUGGAGAGGUUGUGAAAAGCAUGAACGGACGUGAUAAGCCCAACUUGCAAGCUGCAACAGUGCCGCCCCAGAUAAGCAAGCAGCGCUGGUGCGCAGGUCUGGUUUCAAACACGAUCACAAGCUGGCACGCGCGCAUCAAUAGUAUGAAAGGCGCGAUGUCCGAUCCCCG